AUGAAGGAAGCUCUUGUUUCCAAAGGACCAUCCGUCCAAAUUGUCGACAGUCCCGUCCCCGAACCUAAUGACGACCAAGUCCUUAUCAAGGUGGUCAUCAGCGCUUCCAAUCCUAAGGACUGGAAGCUGCCCGAGCUGCGAAACCAAACCACCAACUCGGGCGAUGACUUCGCUGGUAUCGUGGAGAAGGUUGGCGCCAAUGUUUUCGAGUUCAAGCCUGGAGACCGCGUUGCUGCUUUGCACGAAAUCACUGCCGCCGCGGGGACUUACGCCGAGUAUUCGCUUGCUUCCCAGCACACGACCUUUCAUAUUCCAAAGGAGACCACCUUCGAGGAAGCGGCCGGCAUCCCACUCGCUUCCAUGACCGCCGCCGUUGCUCUCUACCAACAUCUCGCCCUGCCGCAACCGUGGGCCUUGCCACCUCCUAAUAACAACGUUCGCGAGGUCCCACUGGUAAUAUACGGAGCCUCCUCUGCGGUCGGCUUCUACGCCCUCCAGCUCGCUCUGCGGAGCAAUAUUCACCCUAUCCUUGCUGUCGCCGGUCGCGCGACUGACCAUGUCAAGCAAAUGAUCGACCCUGCCAAGGGAGAUGUCGUAGUCGACUACCGCGCUGGUGAGUCGGCUGUUAUUGCGGCUCUCAGGGAGGCACUCGAUGGCAAGUCGCCUCUCCGAUACGCAUUCGACGCCGUAUCUGAGGGCGACAGCGCCAGUACCAUAGCGCAGCUCUUCAGGGAUUCCGGGGACGGCAAGGAAGCAAAGUUUACUUCCGUAGCACCUGGCAACAAGGAUGGAGUACCGGAGUAUGUGGAGCAGACCAUGACGUUUGUCGGCAGCGUGCACAGAACCCCUGAAGCUAAGGACCUCGCCUACGUGUAUUUCCGCUACAUCGCGCGGGGUUUGCAAGAAGGUUGGUUCCGUGGGCAGAGGACGGAAGUUGUUCCCGGUGGCCUGAAUGGGAUUCAGACUGGACUGGAGAAUCUGAACGGCGGGAAAGCGAGUGCAGUUAAGUACAUUUACAGAAUUGCAGAGACGGUGGGUAUUGAACAGUAA